CUCAACAACGCUUGCACAACGACAGACAUCGAUCUAUUCACAUAAGUCACUGCUUUCUAAAGCGCCAUGCUUGUGAAACACAGGCCAACAUUUCAGGCUCAACGAUAACGAAUAAGACAGCCACCGACAUAGACCUUCUUCGGCGGUCGAUUGCUCCGCGCACAAUACCCUCAUCUUCAUUUCGACACAUUUCAACAUGGCACCCAAGCCACAGAGAUCCGCCGGUGGAAAAGGGAGAUCAGGGGAUGACAAUAAAGAAGACCCUUUGCAAGCCAUCCUCAUCGCCGACACUUUCGAAACUAGAUUUGCACCAUUUACCCUCGAACGGCCGCGUUGUUUGCUGACUUUGGCCAAUACUCCACUUAUCGAGUACAGUUUAGAGUAUCUUGCCAGCGCGGGAGUCCAGGUGGUCUAUAUCUAUGCUGGAGCUCAUGUCGACCAAGUCGAAACAUACAUCGAGGCUUCUCGGUGGAAGUCGCCUAAAUCACCAUUUGACAACAUCACAUUCCUCAGAUGUGUUGCAAGCUCAGUCGGCGAUGUCAUGCGAGAUCUGGAUCAAAAGCAUUUGAUGUCAGGUGAUUUCAUCUGUAUCAGUGGCGAUGUGAUUUCCAAUUUUCCCAUCGAAAAGGCUCUGAAGCAACAUCGAAUUCGCAGAGAAAAGGACAAGAAUGCUAUCAUGACCAUGGUUCUCCGCGAAACCCAGCCCGGCACGCACGACCACGCAGGAGGAAUCGUGCCAACAUUCAUCCUAGAUCCUAUUAAAGACCGUUGUCUUCAUUACGAGGAAGCAUUUGCUGGUACCCAAUUCACUGGCCACGUCGAUCCAGAAAUUCUAAAGACACCCGAAAUCGAUGUCAGACAGGACCUCAUCGAUUGCAGAAUUGACAUUUGCACCCCAGACGUUCUAAGUCUCUGGUCUGACAAUUUUGACAAUCAGGCACCGCGAAAGGACUUUCUGUACGGAGUGUUGAAAGACUAUGAACUGAACGGCAAAACAAUCCACACAUAUAUCGUUACCGACUAUUACUCCUCAAGGGCAGCGGACUUUUGGUCAUACAAUGCUAUCUCGCAGGACCUGAAACAAGGUCUAGUCCCAUCGUUGGCAGUUGAGAACAACGUCUUCGCAGACACCCAUUACGAGCGCUCGCCGUCUGGUGACAUCCUGGAUAGCAAAGUGAUCAGGGCCCGCCCUACGAGGAUUGCUGCCGGUGCAAUCGUUGGCCCAGAAUCCAGCAUAGGAGCUGGAUGCAACAUAGUCAACAGCAUCAUAGGCCAACGAUGCCACAUUGGAAAAAACACACAAAUCGAUGGUGGCUAUAUCUGGGACGAUGUUACAGUUGGCAACAAUGUCAAAAUUUCCAGAGCAAUUAUCGGCCACGAAGCUUUCAUUGGCGACAAUAGUACAAUAGGAGAAGGUGCCUUGAUUUCCUUUGGCGUUAAAAUUGCACCAGGGACGACAGUCAUGCCAGGCUCUCGACUUUGCAAAACCCAGCAGGGGUCGGCUGCAGCAAACGACCAUGCCCUGGUCGGCGGCGACGAAGGAGAAGGCCAUGCAUACGUUGAAGAUGAAGACGACUUAGAUGGCUCAAGAAUCUCCAAACUAGUCUACGGAAAAGCAGAGUUCGCCGAUUCGUUAUCAACGUUAGCUUCUGAUGUAUCUCACGACGAGCUCUCUUCGAGAAGUGACUCUCGGCGGCAGAGUUUCGCCACGUCUAUCUCAGACGAAGACAUUACAGACCGCUUCCAGCAUGACACAGUUGCAAUCCUAGUUCAGCGCAUGCAGGAAGGGAAGCAGGCAGACGACAUGUUGAGUGAAUUAAUGGGGCUUCGAUUUAGUGGGGGUGCCGAUGAAGUUCAGGUCCGCAAAGCUGUCGCUAUUGCUCUGAUGAAGCAUAUCCACAGCGAAAUCGAGGCUGGUAUGUCCGCGGCUGAUGCGAGUCGACGAGUUCUGAGCGCAUACCAUACUCUCAUUCGACGAAAAGGGGCAUCUCAGGCGACCGAAGAGCAAGUUUCCUUCUUGUUAGAAGCACAAACAGACUUGACCCGGAGAAAGGAUGGCGGAAAGGUCUUGUUGUUUGUCAUCAAAGACUUGUACGAUCUGGAGGUUUUCGGCGAGGAAGCGUUCACGGACUGGUGGGAGGAUGAGAGGUCAAGCAAUGAGCCCGAAUUGGCUGCCUUGAGACAACAAAGUUCGCAGUUUAUCGACUGGCUGGAGAAUGCGGAGAGUGAAAGUGAGAGCGAGGAAGAUGAGGAUGAAGAUGACUGAUUGCGAACCUUGACUGAGGAAUAUCACUACAAUGAAAUAAAAAGGAUGUGAUAGCGCAAUAAGCUACCACAGAUGUACCACUA